GGAUUCGAACUCCAUGAUUUCGAUGAUUAUGAUGAGCAAAAUGAUUUUGAAGAUGAAGAACUUGUUGGAGAGGAGGAAGACAGUGAAGAUUGGCAGUCUGAAACGGACGAGAAUGAGGAAGAGAUGGAAGAGGGCGAGGAGGAGGUGGACGAACCCAUAGAGAUGGGGGCUGAAGUAGGGGAGAGGAACAGGGAAGACGAAGAACACGAGGAAGAAAGGAAGGCAGGCAAAGAUGAGGGGGAUAUUCUGCAAGAUCCGCCACCACCCGCUGCAUACUUUACGUGUUUCGUCGACAGGAUUGUCCGAGAUUCAAUGAUUGUCCUUUGGCCCGAGAGUACGGCAAUGGUUUUAGCCCGUUUUCUUGCCGACAACGAUCAGUACAAAGCACUGUUGGCCUACUGUCACUUGAACGAACCGUAUUUAAAAGAACUGUGCAGUGCAUUUCGAUUUUUUGAAGGCAUCGCACUUAUUGGUUUAAAGGAGCCGGAAAAAGCGAUGCAAUCAUUUUUGGAUGCUGUUGAAGGUGUGAGAAGAGAAGAUCAGGCUCUAAACAGGACACUCAAUACGCGUGGUGUUGAUCCGUCUCGUCCGUUCACCGUGGUCAAGUAUAUUCUUAAGGUGAUGACGAUAGUGGAAAGGCAUGGUUUCCCUGACCUGUUAGUUCGGCUGUCACGAAUAGCUUUGCGAGAAGCAGAACGAGAUAGAACGGGAGUCGAACGUUUUUUGCCAAAAUUACACGUGAAUUUAUUCAAAUCGGAACUUCGCACUGAGCAAUACGAAGAAGCAAUGAAAAGUAUCCUGAACAAUCCAUACAAAGAUAAUGCUCGAACAUGCUUGAGAGAGAUGAUGGCAAAACUGGUGGAGCAAAAGCUAACAAAUACUAUUGUUGAAAUGUUUUAUUUCACUAUGGAAAGAGAGGCGGUCGAAAUCUUGCGCGAAUAUGCGAGAGCAUCAAAUGUUAAGAAGGAUGGCUUUUUCUACGAGUUGCUUUACGCAUUUCACAUGCAUCGAUCAAGUUUUCAACGAGUUGAUUGGAUCAGCGAAUGCAAGAAUUUGAGCAUUUGA